UCCUUCCACACCUCCGCUCCUCCCCCUUUCCCUUGCUUCUCUCUCCUCUAUAAACCCAACCAGAGGAGGGAGAGAGAGACGCACAGCAUUCCUUGCCGCUGCGCAGAGCAUAGCACCAGACCCCACCACCACAAAAGCAUAGCAGAGCAGAGCCCUCGCCUCCCUCCGAAUCCGUCCCCAUCUCCGCUGCCAUGGCAAGAACACUCCUCCUCGUGCCCGUCCUCCUCCUGGCGCUGGCGGCUAUCGCGGCGGCGGGAGGUGUUGCGGUGGGGGAGGUGUCGGCGUUGGGGUGGGAGCUCGGGGUGGUGGGCGCGGCGGAGGACGAGGAGUUCGGGCUCGGCGACGGCGACUCCGUGGCGCGUCGGGUGCUGCAGGGCAGCGGCUACAUCAGCUACGGCGCGCUGCGGCGGGACAACGUGCCGUGCUCCGUGCGGGGCGCGUCCUACUACAACUGCCGCCCCGGCGCGCAGGCCAACCCCUACUCCCGCGGCUGCUCCGCCAUCACGCGCUGCCGCGGCUGAUCUUAGCUCACCGGCGCAGCGCGGCGGCCUGCGACCAGGAAGAGGAGGUUCAUCUCGUUAAUCCCACGCGUUGAAAACGAAAAAGAAAUUGUUGAUCUGCCCUUUUAAUUAUUAGUACUACUUGUUCUUGUCGAUUCCGUUUCAGCCGAAAUGAUUGGUGGUGGUUGGGUAGGCGCCCACGACAUUUGGUUUGAGUCAGAUUGGUCUCUCUGGUCCUGUAAAUUCAACGAUUUGAUUUCUGAGCAAGUGGUGUAUGAACUGAUGAUUCCAUGGA